AUGGCGGUCACGAAAGAAGAACAAAUUUCGGAGAAGAUUGUUCAGAUCGAGCAGGAAAUGGUGAGAAAUCACUAAAUUCCGCUGCAAAAAACCAAACUAUUUCAGGAUGCGCUAGUCAGCAAGUGUAGAGAGUUGGGAAAGACUAAAGCGCAAACCGAAUGGGAAAAGGAACGACGGAUCACCAGCGAGAAGUUCGACCGGCUCGUUGUUGUGGCCGAGGGCAGAGACGAGGUGAGACGGGGUGCAUGAAGGAAAUGUUUUUGCAAAAUUCGAUUCGUUUGUGUAAUGUAACUAACCAGUCAAACUGUUCAGAUCUCAAAGGCGGUCCUCCUACGGGGACUCAAAAGAUGUUGGAUGCGUUUUCAUGUGGUCCGCAAGUUGGCCGAUCUGGGAAUCAUUGUUGUUUUCGACGCGAGGGGAAAAAUGCUUCCGAUUCCGGGAUAUUUGCGUCGAUACUUCAGGGGAAUCCACCAGAACUGA